AUUAAUUUAAAAAAAAUAAAUAAUCAAAAUAAUAUUUUUUCAAACAAAUCAACAAUUGUUUAAAAAAUCAAAAUUGAAAUUGUCUGCACUUAAGCCUGUCAAAUCAAAGCUGAAAUAUUCAACAACUAAAUCUCCGGACGUUGCUGUUAAUUAAAAGUGAAGUCUCUCGCUCUCUAUGAAGUAAGUGGUACCGGGCCGACGCGCUUCCUUCUUCCAUCGUCCACGACAUUGACGACUUUCGUCCAUUUAACGCUGCCUACAACAACCACGGUGGGGUUAUCGAAAAGCAACAACAAAAACGCAAAACCAAAAAGGGUUUUGGCCACGGUUUUAACAACAAAAAACGCCAGUCAAUUGAAAAUUUUGACUAAAUAAAACCCCCGAGAAAUAAGAAAAAAUAUUUGAGAAAAAAAAAAAAAACAAAAAUAAAUAAAUUCCAUGCCAAUGUGAUUAAAACAACAACAAAAGUUAAAACAACAACAAAAGCAAGAAAACAAAACAAAAAAAUAAUUGUGAUUUAUUUUAAGCAGAAAAAAUUAAAAAAAAAAUUAUUUUGAAACAAAGCAAACCAAGCAAUUCAAUUCAAUUUCUCAAAUACAACAACAAAUAUUGUGCAAUUCUUUUAAACAAAAAAACCCAACAACAACAAGCAAUUUUGAAACAACAAAAUCCAAACACCUAACCAGUGUCCAUUUAUCGCCUCCGAUAUUUCAUUCCCAGUUCCUGACCAACGAAUGUAAUGUAAUGAGAUACGAUACCCAGGAGUUGCUUCACCAGUCAGCUGAAGAUCCAUUCGCCAGGUUCGCAAAUGGUAUGGCAUAUCACCCAUUUCUGCAACUGUCUCGACCCACUGACUUCAGCGUGUCCUCGCUGUUGACGGCGGGAAAUCAAACGACAACGCAGUCGGCCGUAUCCGUCGACUCCAGUGGCACAUCCUCAUCAUCGUCAUCCGUGGCCGCUGCUGCCGUUUUGCCUCCGGCCGCCACCUCACCGCCCCGGCAUCUGGCAAGUGCCCAACAGCAACAAGCCCAUCAUUUGGCCGGCAUUGGAGGUGGCCAGUCAUCGCCAGUUGGUGGCCAGCAACCGCCUCAGCUGUCGCCGGGCCAAGAGUCCCACAGCAACAACAACAACGAAUCAUCCAAUUGUCGAAUACCCUCCCGGAAUCAUCCUCCAUUGUUGAGCUGUUCCAACGACAGCACCAACAGCAGUGAGGCCACAAAUCCCUCGCGAACGGCCAGCAGCUGCAAUAAUACUAACAACAACAACAACAAUUUGCCGUCGGCUUUACUGAGUGCCUCACAUUCGGCUGCUGCUGUGGCAGCUGCUGCUGCGGCCGCCGCCGCUUCAACGGGACACGCCAUACCACCGCAUUCAUCGCCCCAAGCUCAAGCGCCCCCACCCACACAUCCUCAUCACUCACCAGUACCUGGUCACCUAGGAGCUCAUUUGCCUCAACAGCCACCGUAUUUCCCAGCAGCUGCCCUGGCCGCCCUAGCCGGUAGUCCUGCGGGUCCGCAUCCGGGUUUGUAUCCAGGCCCGUUACGUUUUCCGCCCCACCAUCCGCAUCAUCACCACCAUCCGCUGGGCACGGCCUAUACGACCGCCGAAGACGUGGUAUUAGCCUCAGCGGUGGCCCAUCAAUUGCAUCCGGCCAUGCGUCCGCUGCGUGCCCUGCAGCCGGAGGAGGAUGGGGUGGUCGAUGAUCCCAAGGUGACGCUGGAGGGCAAGGAGCUGUGGGAGAAAUUUCACAAACUUGGCACGGAAAUGGUCAUAACGAAGAGUGGAAGACAAAUGUUCCCGCAAAUGAAAUUUCGUGUAUCAGGCUUGGAUGCCAAGGCGAAAUAUAUUCUACUACUGGAUAUUGUGGCUGCCGAUGAUUAUCGUUAUAAAUUUCACAAUAGCCGCUGGAUGAUUGCCGGCAAAGCCGAUCCGGAAAUGCCCAAACGCAUGUACAUCCAUCCAGAUUCGCCCACAACCGGUGAACAAUGGAUGCAAAAAGUUGUCUCAUUUCACAAGCUUAAGCUGACCAAUAACAUUAGUGAUAAACAUGGAUUUGUAAGUACUACGAUACUCAAUUCCAUGCACAAAUAUCAACCCCGGUUUCAUUUGGUGCGAGCCAACGACAUUAUCAAACUACCAUACUCCACGUUCAGGACGUACGUUUUCAAGGAGACGGAAUUCAUAGCUGUGACUGCAUAUCAAAAUGAAAAGAUAACCCAAUUGAAAAUCGACAACAAUCCCUUUGCCAAAGGUUUUCGCGAUACUGGCGCCGGAAAAAGGGAAAAGAAUUGUUACAGGCAAGCGUUACUCUCGAAUCGCGGGUCCGAUUCGGAUAAACUGAAUCCAACACAUGUCAGCAGUUCGCGUGCCCCCUUGCAUUUGGGCCACACGGGCAGGCCGCCCCAUCAUCUGCACUCACAUCCCUCCAUGCACGACAAUCAACAGGACGACGAGGACAAGCUGUUGGAUGUGGUGGGGCCGCCACAGAGUCCAUUGCUGCCUUUGAGUCAUUCGCUGCAGCAGAUGCAUGCUCACCAGCAUUCGGCCCUUGCAGCUUGGUUCAACCAUCUGGCCGGUGCCAGCGAUCACGGCAGUGAUGAUGCCCUGCGAAGACGACUGCAAUCGGAUGAGGUGGAACGUGAUGGCAGUGAUUCAAGUUGCUCAGAAUCGGUGGGUGGCAGUACGGGUGGAGCGUUCCGGCCCACCUCCUCGGGUAGCCCUAAGGAGGGUGCCGGCGGCCUGGGUGCGGCCGGCUCCUAUCCCUCGCCCAAUAUAUCCGUUGGCCCACCCAUACAUCCAUCACCACACCUGUUGCCUUACCUCUAUCCACACGGCCUGUACCCGCCACAUCAUUUGGGUUUGCUGCACAAUCCCGCUGCAGCGGCGGGCCUCAAUCCCGGCCUCCUGUUCAAUGCUCAACUUGCUUUAGCCGCUCAGCAUCCCGCCUUAUUUGGACACUACUCAGGACAUACGCCAGCCUCGCCGCUGCACGGUCUCAAGGGUCAUCGUUUCUCGCCCUACACCCUGCCCGGCAGUCUGGGCUCGGCCUUUGAUGCUGUGACGCCUGGUUCGAAUGCCAAUCGCUCUGGUUCCGAGUGCCCCGGCAUGGGCAGCAGCGGCACGGGUAGUGUUGACAACAAUGGGCCUCGCAGUCUCAGCUCUAGUCCAAGACCACGUGCCUCCUCCCACUCGCCUCCGACGCGGCCAAUCUCCAUGUCACCCACCACGCCGCCCUCCCUUAUAAAACGUACCAACUCACCGUCAGAGCUCAAAUCGAUUGAAAACAUGGUCAACGGGCUGGAGGUGCAGCACAAUGGCAGUGGGUGCAGCACCAGCGGGUCCAUGGAUGAUUUGCACCGCAAAUCGCCGGGCCUGCAUGGGGAUCAGUGACAAUUGUAUGACCGGGACGACAACGAUCGCUCAUCUGUCAUAGAUCUGGAUGAUGUGUGACAAGUUAGCUAUUCGUUGCAACUGCAGCCCGUACUAAAUGCCUGGCGUCAGAUCAAUGGAAUUGAUGGCAUCACGAGUAGCAACAACAACAACAACAGCAGCAGCCAUAAUCAUCAGCAGCCGCAGCAUCAACAAAAUCAUAAUUCGAAUCGUUAUUCCAUUGAUUAGCCUCAAAACUAAACCAGACCACAACAACAUCGCCGAAAAAAGGUAACGAAACAGCUUUCCAGGAGCAAAAAGAGAAAAAACUCAAUUUAGGAUCAUUAAAUGCUGUUUCCCCUCCCCACAAUUUACUUUAACCUUCAAAAGUUCUGACUGUCAGACCCUAAGUUUUAUUUUUAUUUUUUUUUUUAUUUUUUUUUUUAUUUUAAUUUUGUUUUCAAUUAAUUCAAACCAAAGAACGUAUCUUACUUGUAAUCUUCUUUAGCUGCUACUUUUUACUUCUUAUUCUGUUUUCUUACUCAACACAAAAGACAAGAACAACAACAAAAAACAACAACAAACUAUUGUCUCUCGUUUAUUUUUAUUGGUAUUUCAUGCUAUUAUGUAAUAUGUAUAUGUAUGUAAAUGUAACUGGGGCUUACUGAUGCAAAGGACCCCCCGAGCCUAGUAGCCUCCCAUUUUAAGACCCCCACACCAAGCAAUGUAAUCCUCCUCCUCCACCUCCAUACUGCAUAUGUUGUAUAUUUAUGUAAAUUUAUGCUUAAGUUUUUGUCCUUCCCCCCACCCCGAGCAUUAGAGACAUUUUGACCCUCCACCCUCUCUUUACGCUAUACAUAAGUUUAGUAUUAUUAUUAAAUAUACAUAUAUAUAUAUAAUUUUUUUUUGUGUUUAGUAUAGUCCAUAUUUGAUGAUGAAAUUAUGAAUUUAAAUUUGAAUCAGAAUUUGAAUUUGAUUUUUUUCAAUCUCCAUUAUGUUCCUUUAACGAGCUGUUGUCGUCAUUGUCUUUCGUCAAUGGUUUCGUUUAUGUAUGUAUAAUUUACAAAAGCAAAAAAAAAACAACAAACAUAAAACCCUCUCACAGAUACACACACACACACAAACAUUUCCUGUAAAAGAGACAUCAUUGAAAAAAUGAGAAAGAGAAAAGAAAAAGAAAAAAACCGAAAAUAAUCUACAAAAUAAAAUAAGUUUUAGUUUAGUGUCGUUUUUUUAGUUGCAUAUAUUUCUAAAAACAAAAAAAAACAAAAACAUAA